AUGAGACACACGAAAAUUAUUGACAAUGUAACGCCUGUCUGUUUGAACAGCAUUCCGGUCACAGAAAGUAGCCAGUUCAUCGUUAUUGGCCAAGGAUCUCUAAGCGAAGAUGAUCCUGGAAUGCAACCUGUAAUGUACGAAGUCGAUGUCUCCUGGAAAACCUGCAAUGGAUACGAGAAUGAAUAUAUGUCUGAUAAUAUGUUUUGCGCUGCUGAUGAAGGAAAAGAUUCUUGCUAUGGCGAUUCUGGCGGCCCUUUACUCUUCAAUCAAACUCUCGAACAAGCUGGAAUCGUAAGUUGGGGCAUGGAAUGCGCUGGAGAUCUUCCUGGUGUCUAUGCGACAGUCUCCAAGCUAACUAGUUGGAUUCCAGUGACGAUUACACACUACGAAGCCAACUUUUUAGGAGCCGAAGUCAGAGUCUCUGAAUACAGUGAAUAG